AUGAAGAUGUCACUCAGAGAAGAACCAGUCAAUGUAACCUCUGGGAGGGAGUUUGUCUUCCUGGGUUUCUCAAGCUUUGGGGAGCUGCAGCUGCUGCUUUUUGCAGUGUUCCUCUGCCUUUAUCUCAUCACCCUAACUAGCAACGUAUUUAUCAUUAUCGUCAUUAGGCUUGACAGCCACCUGCACACCCCCAUGUACCUCUUUCUGUCCUUCCUGUCUUUCUCAGAGACCUGCUACACAUUGGGCAUAAUUCCUAAAAUGCUCUCUGGCCUUGUCUGGGGUGGGCAGAGCAUCUCCUUUGUGGGCUGUGCUACCCAGAUGUUCUUCUCAGCCUCGUGGGCCUGUGCCAACUGCUUUCUCCUGGCAACUAUGGGCUUUGACAGGUAUGUGGCUAUUUGUACACCCUUGCACUAUGCCAGCCGCAUGGACCCUGGGCUAUGUGCCCAGCUGAUCAGUGCCUCCUUCCUGGGUGGGUGCCUCUUUGGACUGGGAAUGACACUGAUAAUCUUCCACCUCCCUUUCUGUGGCUCCCAUGAGAUCCAGCACUUUUUCUGUGACUCACCUCCUGUGCUGAGCCUAGCCUGUGGGGAUACUGGUCAGAGUGAGCUGGGGGUCCUGCUCCUCAGCCUACUGGUCCUGCUGACCUCCUUUGCCCUCAUUGCUAUCUCUUACAUCUAUAUCCUGGCAGCCAUCCUGAGGAUCCCUUCAGCUGAAGGCAGAAGGAAGGCCUUCUCCACCUGCGCCUCUCACCUUACUGUGGUUGUUGUCCAUUAUGGCUGUGCCUCCUUCAUGUACCUGAGGCCCAAAGCCAUCUAUGCACUGGAGCGGGACCAACUCAUCGCAGUAACCUAUACAGUGGUGACACCCCUCCUAAACCCAAUCAUUUACAGUCUGAGGAAUAGAGCAGUGCAGAUGGCUCUGAGGAAUGCACUCAGAGGCAAAUAUCUGAGGAAAAGCUAA